CGUACUUUUGCUAAAUGUAAGAGACCUGACAGGUCAAACAAUUUCCUAUACCUCUGGGUGGCAUUGCUGUGGCCUGACGCUCGCCGGGCUGUAUUGCUCAUAUAUGCGCCCUUUUGCUUCCUUCGCAGGACUUUCUUCUUCUUCGCGAAAAUCUCGAGCAAGGUUGAUCGACUGUAAACUUCCAUUUAUCCCUGGUAGAUAAUGGUUUCGGAAUCAUCUCAAGGCUGUGACUGCGAGCCUUUUAGAUACCAGGCAUGGCAUCAAUUUCCAGGCGGAGAAUUUGAAGAGACGAUCUCUGCGGAGGCCAUAACGAAGAAUACACCCAAAUACUUUGCUGAGGCUGAUGUUGUUAUCAUUCAUGCUAGAGGAGACGAAGUGCGUAGAUGCGAUACAUGCAAAAAGGCAUUCGAUGAAAAGUUUCAUAUACCACCGAUAUGGUGGACGACGCUGUCGAGGCGGUCCAACGGCUAUUUUGGGUACGAAAAUGUGCUUGAUGAAAGUGGGACAAUUCGGACAGGUACCAUCUCUUGGCUUCGAUUCCUCAUGAAACACGUCAACAGCGCAAACUCAGGUCACCAUAACAAAAAUGAUAUCAAUUAUAAGUGGGUUAAGCUAAAUGCCUUUGUGAGGUGGUAUGCUUCUUCGGACGAAUGCCCAAAAGGCCGCACCGAAAUUGUCCUCUUCGACCAUCCCGAGUUUGCACAGGAGGUUGGGGACUUUAUUAUCUCACAACUCAAGCUUCGUGAGCUUAGCGAUCCGUUUUGGGCAUAUCCCGCCAUGGUUGAAAAAGUUGCCGCGCUCCAUGAUGUGUGCGUUUGGGAAUCUCGGACUCUUAUUAGGAACUACGAGAAACAGCGAACUCUUUAUCGUGACCCGUUCGACUACCUCCACGAGGUCUCACGCCACAGUCUUCACAUCAACGAGACUCUUCAUGUCGCCGAAUCCAUCCUCGACAGCAUGCAAAAGUAUCACGAUCACUUCACAGCUACCGAGCCUAGUAACAAGGAAAACGUGGACCGUUUCGAUCCUUUUCCUCAGAACAUCAAAAAUCGUCUUGGCCUUCUUCAAACAACACUCACUCAUCUUCGGCAUCGCGCCGAGUCCAAUCACGAGCGAGUCAAGGCUGAGAUAUCCCUUUCGUUUAAUAAAUCUGCUCAAAUUGAAUCCGGGGCUACGAGAACCAUUUCUUUAGCCGGUCUGCUUUUCCUGCCAGCCGCCUAUAUUACUGCCCUUUUCAGCACAUCAUUCUUCAACUAUGAUGCCCCAACGGGUAUCUGGGGCUUCUCUCAUAGAUUCUGGAUCUAUUGGGCGGUUACGAUACCCGUAACUGUGUUGACUAUUUUCUUGUGGUUUUUUGGAGCCAUGAUCUGGGGCGCUGUGCUAAAUUGCUGCAAGGAUAUUCGUGCUCUAUUUCAAGGGUCCGUUACAUUGGGCGUGCGGGAAACGAUUGACACGGGACAUUUGGAGUCUAUGGGCGAAACGUGGGCGGGAGAAGUAAUGAAAAGAGUAGAAAAGAAAAGAGAAGAAGAAAGGAAAGAAAAGAGAGAGGAAAAGGAAGAGAGGGAGAGAACAAGGAGAGAGGUAAAGGAAAUGAGGGAGAGAAAAAGGAGGGAAGACGAAGAAAGAAGAGAAAGAGUAAGGGUGAGAAAGGAAGAGGAAGAAAAAGAAAGACGGAUGAAUGAAGUAACAAAACGUUCGCGAGAACAGAUGAGAGUAAGUCCAGCCUAGUAGGUGUAACUUUACUAGACUAUGGAUUGUCUUUCAGUUCUUCUCCACUCCUUUAUUGAUAUUGGCCGCUUUUUCAUAGAUUAGCAUUCAUUAUUGGUGAUUAAGAAAUAAACAUGUUGCUUUUA